AUGGCGAGCAACCGCUUCGCCCGGCUGCUGCCAUUCAGCGCCUCGACGACGCCGCUGCAGGCAACGACGUACCUCCUCGGCAUCUCGCUCUUCAGCAUCUCCUUCCUCGUCUUCCUCAACUCGGCCGUCUCCUUCCUCAUCACCGACCUGCUGGACAUCAAGCGCAACAUUGGCGACAUCGUCGGCACCCUCGGCUUCGUCGAUGAGAUCGUUGCCCUGGUCGCCUGCCCCGUCUGGGGGCUGGCCUCCGACAGGCUGGGCGUGCGCUGGGUAGCCGUUCUCGGGUACGCCGUCAUCGGCCUCGCCCUGAUCUGCUUCGUACAGGCGAGGGAUGUCUACCCGAGCCUUAUACUCGUCCGGAUUCUGUUUGCCGUCGGCGCCACUGCCGCCGCAACGAUGGUCACCGCAGUUUUACCGGUGCUGACCGAUGACGAGGGAUACAUAGGAGACGGGGCGGAGGGGAGCCGCGGCAGGAAACAGCACGGUCACAGCAACCGCGACAGUGUGGCCAUGAGUUUUGAGAGCGAUGCCACCAUCACGCCCGAGCGCUUCUCCAGGAGCAUGUCGAACGGCAGCAGGCAGAGCGCGAACGAUGAGGAUGGUGCAGAGAACAACAGGACGGACGGCCAAGGGAGGAAGCCCGCGGUGCUGGCGGGAUACGUGGGUUUGUUCACCGGGUGCGGAGCGCUGGUCGCACUGACAUUGUUUCUCCCGCUACCGGCUCAAUUCUCCAAGACCGAGGGCGUGACGCCCGCCCAGGCCAUCACGAAGAGCUUCUACGUUGUGGCGGCGGUGGCCUUCCUUGUCGCCAUUUUCGUCUUCUUUGGUCUGAGGGGGCUGAAGGGAGAAGAGGAGAAAGGGUGGCGUCUCCUGCUUGGGCUCGGCAGGAAGGAGGCACACGCGGCACACGAAGAUGGAUCAGCGGCAGAUUCCAAGCCUCACAAACCACUGGCCUACCGCCAUCUCUUGCUGUCAUCACUGCGUCUCGGCGUAACUGACCCGCACAUCGCCAUAGGCUAUCUAGGAGGUUUCGUCGCCCGCGCCAGCACCGUGGCUAUCAGUCUCUUCAUCCCGCUCUAUAUCAAUACCUACUUCAUCAGCAACGGCUUCUGCCAAGGUUCGCCGCAUGACCCCUCCCCUGAGCUGAAGAAGGAAUGCCGCGCGGCCUACAUUCUGUCCUCGAUCUUGAGCGGCGUGGCGCAGAUGAUUGCACUCCUCUGCGCGCCCGUCUUUGGAUAUCUCAGCUCGAGGCGAUGGAGGGGCGUCAACCUCCCGAUACUUGUGUCGACGCUCUGUGGCAUCGUAGGCUACAUUGCCUUCCCGAGACUGCAGAGCCCGGAGUACAAGGACAUCGACGGCCGGGGCGGCAACGGUAUUAUCUUCCCCGUUGUGGCUCUGUUAGGGAUAAGCCAGAUCGGGGCCAUUGUAUGCAGUCUCGGCUCUCUAGGCCGGGGCGUGCUGAGCACAGAUAUACCAAGUACGACGUCCACCUCUUCUCAAACGCCCACCGCGGAGCAGGCAGGUGAGACGGCGCCACUGCUCGAGAACGGGGGCUCCACCCCGUCGGGUAACGGCGAGCGCGCCGUCUCUCGGGUCCAGCUGAAGGGCUCCGUGGCUGGUGUAUACUCGUGGUGUGGGGGAGCCGCAAUCCUGCUACUCACGAAACUGGGCGGAUAUCUGUUCGAUGUCACGAGCAGGGGCGCGCCGUUCUACCUUAUGGCGGGCUUCAACGCGCUGUUGCUGGUCGCCAGCCUGGGGAUUGAUCUCGGCAGGGGCUUUCAGAGCAGGGCAAGAGGUUUGGACAGAUAA